UACACAUUAUUAACACAUUUUAAUGGCUCAUGUAAUUAAUUAAUAAACUGUUUAUAAUGUGUUUACUAUCUUUGCGAGAAGUAUGUCAAAACACAUUAUACUUUUUGCUGUAUGCCUUACGUCGGUUUUAAGUAACAUUAAUAUACGUCGUGGAGGUUGGCUGGAUCGCGUCGUUGAAUAUUACAAGAACAGAUUCUAUGACGAUCUUAAAAAGACGCCACCCGUCAAAAUUAAAGCCAGGAUCGAACGACCCCCUCCCGGGUACAUAGACUCAACUCAAUGGGACUAUAACUCAGUGAUACGUCUCUUAAGCCUUUUAAGAGACAGUGAAGAUUCAACCGAAGUCAGACGAGUAAUAUCUCGCACUUUGAGAUCCAGCCGAAGGUUUAUGUCGAUUUCUGAAAGCUUACAAGUCUUCCCGAGCUUAGCAAAGGGUCAUCCGAACGACUUCUAUUAUUCUAUGGAUUCUGGUGAAUAUUACGCCGACGUGCCCGGCGCGAACGCGAAACCUUUGUACGACGAUGACGUCAUCGUAGUUAGCAACCCUGUCGAAGCCAGACUGCCAAGCGCUAGGAUCAGUGUGCAACUACUUAAAGCCAUUUUAGAAAAGAGGGCGUUAGCUGCUCGUUAUAUGACGACAACUUUAAAAACUUUCCCUUGGUUGCCAAUCAAUUUCACGAUAGGCAACGACACGGAAGCUACGUCAGAAGCAGCUAUCGCUGGGGAAGUUACUGGAGGCACUGGAGGCGGAAAUACGACUGGCGGUGGUGCCACUGGUGCUGCAACCAAAUAAAAAAAAAACAACUCAAUGAAUAAAAACAUAUUACAUUCAA